AUGUGGAGAAUAUCAUACUGGAUCUUCCCAGUUAUCUCCUCCCUCUGCUGGCUCGGGACCCUCCUCGGCCUCCUCAUCCACUGGAGCGCCAUCGGAAAAAUUAUAUACCCGUCCAUGGAACCCGGACAAACAAUCGCGUACAUUUCCGACGUAGGCGCCGGGAAGCUAAAGCCUCUCUUUAUCGCAGGUUCCUGUGUGACCACCAUCUUCCUCGAUAUCGCAUUCCUCUCCGGACGCUGGCUGCGCCAUCGCGGUCGACUGGCAAGGAAUACAACACUGUACGAGAAGGUAUUAAGUUGCUUGGGGAUAUUGUUCGCGGUUGUGGGCACCGUGGGUUUGAUCUUAUUGAAAUACCGCCAACAUCGGGUCCUCCGUAUAUCCUUCUGGAUAAAACUCACCUUCAUCCUAGUCGAAGUCGCACUCGCCGUUGCAUUUGGAGUCUGCAACCGCAAAAAGGAAUAUAACGCCGCCGCAGUCCUUGAGUGGACCAUUGCUUUCAUUUUCACCUUCUAUAUAUUUACCUUUUUCAUUGAUCUCGCACCUGCCGUCUACACCAAAGGGAUGGUCCCGAAAUUUGGCACCGGUCCUGCAGAGACGGAAAUGCAGAUGGAGCAGAAUGAUGAGGCGGCAGAUAUUAGUAGGAGAACAGCGGAUAGCCAGAGACCAUUAGGUGGGAAUAUGGAGGGUGUUAACGGAUCUGCCCAACCGCAACAACCGAUUGUCCGACCACAACAAGCGACUAAUUUCUAG